UUCGCAUCCCUUUGCUUUGCCCGCCUGUCUCAAGUCUCACCGUAUUCCUUCCGUUCAUCAUCCAAAACAUUUUCCAGGUUAUCUCUCAGCCCUUUUUCUUACCAUUUCCGAUUCGCAAGAGAAAUCUCUUCUUUUCAUUUGAACCCCCACCCUUCCAUUCCUCCCAACUCUAUCAUACCCAAAUUCAAAAUCAACCUCAGUGGUCUGCAGCACACUAUCUCAGGUUUUUACCACUUAAAUUUCUUCUCGUUUUCUCAUCCAUUUGUCCUCACAGUCCAUUCUCCACUAACCCGGUUUCAGCUCUGAAUUACAGUUCAAGAGCUAUAAGCCUCUGCCAAUGGCAUCGAUCAACUUCAACCCCUUCGAAAGCUGGUUCAAUAAACCCCCAAAGCCACUCCCUCCCGUUAACCUUGUCUCGUUAACACAAUCAGUUUUUCUCAGAACGCAAACCCCUUCAAAAUUUGCAUCAAUCAGCACCUCAGAUCUCUUUAAAGGACCGAACCAACCUGAAAACAAGAAGUCUGACGAGCCAGAAUCUGAACCUGAACCAGGGCCUUACAGCAAAAUGCUGGAACAGUUCUACUGGGAAUGUGAGAACUUACCAGAUUACAGGCACACCCCAGAAGUUGAAAAGAUACUAAAUGAAGACCCGGUUUUUGAAAAGAAGGAAAACCCAACUGAGGAGGAGAUCAGAGAAAAUGAGGAGUUCUGGAAAGAGUUCAGGGCCAAUCCUGUUGUACAGUUUUUGGCUCAAGCCGAGCUGAUUGCUGACAAGGUCAAUGAAUUGGAGCUCAAAGAGAAUGAGAAACCAUACAGAAGGGAGGACAGGGAACUCUGGCAGGCAGUGCCCCAUGUGAUUGGGCUGGAUGGGCGGCCAAUGCCUAGGAAGGCCAUCAAGACCAGGAAGGAGUCUGAUGAUAAGUUUUGGGAUUUUGCAAGGCAGUUUUUUUUUGGACUUUGGGGCUUUAGGCAGAGACCUUACCCACCAGGACGGCCAAUUGAUGUUGCACAGGCUAUUGGGUAUAAGCGUCUCGAGAAGCGGUACUAUGAUUUUAUUAUGAGGAGUGGUGGAUGGUACUAUAAGGACCGCUUGGGUCGUACCAGGGGACCAUUGGAGUUGAUAACCCUUAAAACUGCUUGGGGUGCUGGCAUCAUUGAUAAAGACACUUUCAUUUGGGGUGAAGACAUGGACGAAUGGGCACCAAUUCACAUGGUCUAUGGCUUGGAACGUGCGAUAGCCACCUGGGAAGUUAGACUUGGAGCUGCUGCGACUGCUUUUAUCCACAAACUUCAGAAAGGUAUUCCUCCUUGGGUUCCUUUGAAGGGACGUGAAAAGAAAACCUAUAAACAGCUCCAAGAAGAGGCUGUGGAGAGCAAGAGACGUGAUUUAGCAGUACUGGAGGCUAAUGAUGGUGUUUGGCCUGGCGUAAGAAUUCCAAGUCAUUGUCUAUUUCUUUGGGCUAGUGGUUCUGAACUGACAACAAUUCUAGAACAGGAUCACAUGCCAAACAAAUACAUCCCAAAAGAUCUUAGGCGUCAAUUGAAUAAAAUUAUUCCGGGGUUAAGGCCUUGGGAGGUUUUAAGUGUAGAACAAGCAAUGGAUCAGAUAACUUAUGGUGGGGAAUGGUACCGUGAACCUCUUGGUACAUACACAACGGGUCCUCCAUACAUUCAGCAUUGGAAUAAGGAUGUGAUGAGACUACUUAGGAUUUUUGCCAAUCUAACCGCUCGAGUCUACCAAAAAAUGGAGCGGACAAUUCCUGGUUUCGGUCCUAUUAUGGAAAAAGUGCAUGCCGAUGCUGAUGCAAGGGAGAAAAGACGGAAGGAGAGAAGGAAGGCAGAGAUGAAAAAAGAGGCCACAGCAAGAUAUGGUGGAGUUGGAUAUGAUCCAUAACGGCAUUAAGAUUGCUUGGAAUUAUUUUUCAGGUUAAACGGUGAUCCAUAACUUUUCUACAUGGUGACUUUUACCAUUACCUCCCCUGGAAACUAGAGAGGAUUUGUAGUUCCUCAAAAUAGUUAGCGUUCAUUGUAUUAAUUAGUGGUAUGAAUGUACUCCAUGGUGGACCUUACGUACAAAUGGCAAUUUGAGGUUGUAGUUUCUGAGUCACGAGGAUGGUAAGGUCGCAUGUUAUUCUGGAGUGUAUUUCAUCUUAUUAGACGAUUUCUUCUUCUUCUUUGGUUUUCCUUAGUUAGGAUGAGACCAUUUUUCGGGUAUUUGUUCAACUAACAAUAAGCUGUACAUUUUCGGUUUUCGCAUGAUGUAAAAUCACAUUUUCAAUGUAGCAUUAAUAUUUUUCAUCCAUAAGAAA